GUCAUGCCCACUUAUGGAACUUAUGGUGGUGGUAUGGAAUGGUAUGCCACUCCGUGUGUUUUGAGGAGAUAUCUUCUUGAUCUUAGACCAGACGGCCUCUCCCGCGUAAUCCCGCCUAGGCAGCUGUAACAUUUGAAAUGAAUCUCUGACAACGACCGAGUCGAAAAUGCCAACCUGUUCGGUUCCUCAUUGCCUGAAUGCGACGGGCAAGGAUCCCCGCAUCACUCUGCACCCGUUUCCUCAUGAAACUCCAUUGUUUUUGAAGAAAUGGAUUGAAAACAUAGGUAGACCUAAUUGGCGUCCUGGACAUCGUAGUCUUGUUUGUUCCGAGCACUUUGAGAAAGAUGAUUUUGACCGACAAGGCCGCUUGCGUAUAGGCAGCUUCCCAGUCAAAUUUCCAGAACCUCCAUCACGCAAGAAACCUAAGCUUGACUCAAGCACAAAUACUGCUGAUAAAUCAUUAAAAGUCCCAACUCAGCAAGAAAUUCUACCUGAAGCUACAGUUCUAUUACCAGUACUGAGCCCUAGUGUUAUUAAAAAAGCAUUAGGUAGAGAUAGAGAUCCAUCACAGUCUGUUAUUUCUGUUGAAAAUGAUUCAUCUCUUGCUGAAGUAGCUUCAGAAUGCAGGACUAACACUGUUCCCCAGGAAAACAUUUCUAAUGAAAACAGGAUUAAAAUGAAACUUGACCAGAACAGUUCUUCUGGCACCAAACUGACUGAAGUAUCUCUUAAAAGAAAAGUACUGGAAGAGUCACAGCCUACAGCAUCUAUUAAUCCCGGUCUAGUGAUAUCUGCCUAUUCUCUGCGAGCUUGUCGAGUUUGCCGCACAGCUCAUAAUAACAAUGUCAAUGUCUUUGGACAGGAAGGAAAAGAUUUGUCCUUAUUAGAAUUACUGAAAAAAUGUCAUAUUAAGGUGUCUGAAUCGCAAUCUUUGCCUCUCUAUGUGUGUAGGCAAUGUAUUCCUCGUUUGAAAACAACUUAUGAUUUACUGACUACAUGGGAAAAGACAAAUCAGGGCUCUGCUGUCAAUGAUGCCAAAAAUUCAGAAGAGCCGGACCCCCCUGUCAUUCAUUCUAAGCCAACACAACUUAAGCAUGCCAGUCGAGGGAACCGUAGAGUUCUGCUCUUGGAAAUGUGUCUAAGAGAAGGUAUUCCAGUCAAAGAUAUGAUUGGUCAAGCCAUUCAAGAGCUAACACUGAGGUUAAAACCUAAGGCAUCAAGGGAAUCAAAACCCGAAGGAAGAAUAAUGUUUCUUGAUUUGCAAGGUGGCACAGAAGCAUUCCCUGAGCAAAUGAAAAAGGCUAUUUCUAUGUUGUUUCCAAGUGCUGAAAAGAAACAAACUUCUGUUGCUCAAGAAACCUCACCAACCAAAGGGGCUCAAGGAGUCCAGACUAAUGCUGCAGCUAAGAAAGGUAGUUCACCACUAUCUACUGCAAAGCAGGUCCUAAAUCUCCUAGCCGCCAACACAACUCCAGCUAGUUCAAAGCAGGUUUUCAAGAUUGGAGGUUCAGCCUCCAUUUUGAAGAAGGUUGAGGCUAAGACAGCUCAUCAAGCUUCAGUGCCAACCACCUUAAGACCAUUAGCUGUGAAGCCUGUGGCGGGGGUGGGGUCAGUUUCUGGUAUCUCUGGUCAGAAUAUCGUAUUUCAGACUACUCCAGUGUUUUCUUCAGGACCCCUAACAGUUCUGACCAGUAGUCCUGGAGCAUCACCUGCCGUAACAAUUGCUGCAACUAAAUCGCUUCCCAAACUCCUUCCUGCACCUUCAUUGAGUUUUUUGAAUGUCCAGCCAAAUUCAGCUACUUUGGACAAAAGUAAAGCAAUGGAGCAGGCAGACUCAGAUGAUGAUAUUCACUGUUAUGAAGAUGCUCCUUCAGUGUUUGAGCCAAGCGACCAAAUUGAAACAAGCCCAGUUCCACCAUUGGUGCCCAUCCUCCCGACAUUAGUGCCUUUGAAGCAAGUCUCGACAGAAGUUACUUCAAGUCCUGCCAUUAAUAUUUCUAAAAUGAGGGAUUCGGUUGUAUCAAAAAUUAACAAAGCACCAAACCAAAUUAAGUUGGGUGAUAAAAUUGUAGGGAUUGUUCUUCGAAACUCUGACAGUCAAGCUGACAUCCAUCAAAAGCUGCAAGCAACAUUUGCAGCUAAGGCACUACCCUCUGAAGGCAACAAACCCAAGGAAAUGGUCAUCCCUCCUAGAGAUGGUGUUGCUGUUGGAGUGGACAACAUAUCCCCUCCCGAGCUAGAAGAAAGGAAGAGAUUGAAACCUAAGGUUUUGGAUGUGCCCUCUGCUGUGGACUCACCGACUGAAUACUCUGACAGGCGCAACGCGCGUAGGCUAUCCCUUGGCUACAUGUGGCGAAAAACUAGUUAUCUUGUUAGUUCCCUUCAGAAGUUGUUUACUUGGGAUGUUGGUUCAAAUGAAAAAGCGAUGCCGGUACUCACUUGUCGUGUUUGCAAAUAUACCCCUAUGUGCAGGCAAGAUGUAGAAAUGCAUCUGGCAUCUCAUCCUGAAUUACAAUGUCCAAUUUGCUCAAAGUAUUUCUUAAAAGAUUCCAAAGUGCAUGAGCACAUGACUGUAAUUCAUGGUACACCUCAACCAGCUUCAUUUGUUCCGAAGAAAAAACCACCUAUUUCAUGGCGAGUCAAUCCUGUCAAGAGGCUACCCGUCAGACAGUACCAAUGCUCUCGGUGCUUCAGAAGAUUUAAAUUUAAGGAGUCCCUCAAACGCCAUGUGACUGUCUGUAAGGAUAAGUCUGGCUCAGCAGAAGGACCUCCAGUAGGUCCACGAACUUGUACUGUCUGCUGUAGAACAUUCCCUUCUGAAGAGCUAAUGGUGGAACACAUGCAUAGUCAUGUAAAGAGAACUUCUUGGCUCUGUGACAUUUGUGGUUUAGUAUUGAAAUCUGCAUCAAAUUACCGAUCUCAUAUAGCACGCCAUGAUGAACUAGCACAUGAGUACAAUUAUCAGUGCUCAACCUGUAAAAAACGUUUCAAACUUAAAAACAGAUACCAAGAACAUGUGAAGAAGCACGAAACGCCCCAGGAGUACAUUUGCUCAUCCUGUGGCAAAACCUUCCGCUCCAUAGGUGGAUUGCGUCAGCAUGAAAUUUUGCAUGGGGAACGAAAGCUUCAGUGCAAAUUUUGCCCAAGUCGGUUUCAUAGGCCAGAUCAUCUUAGAAUUCAUGAGAGAAGCCACACCAAGCCAAAAACUCCAAGGACGGCUGAGGGAAGGAAUACUUCCGGAAAAGCACGCAUGUUCACUUGUAGGUUCUGUUUGGCUAAUACGAAAACUGUUGUGAAGUUUCCCACCAUGAGGGAGCUUAUGCGACAUUAUAGUGACGAUCAUGCCUAUGAGAGGGGCAGCAUCCCGGCAGCAAAGAAGUUUGAGUGUGAUCGUUGCAACAAAGCUUUUCUCAACUCAACACUGUUGCGACACCACCACAUGUGGCAUGCAGGGCUUCGUCCAUACAACUGCUCGGUGUGUGGGGCUGGUUUCAUGGUUAAAGAAAGGAUGAGGAACCAUGAACUGACCCAUACUAAUGAGCGUCCUUACAAGUGCCAAGUUUGUGAUAAAGGUUUCAGGAGUAGAAAUGUUCUGAAGCAGCACAAACUGAUCCAUAAUGACCCCAGCCAAUUUUAUAAAUGCCAAUUUUGUGAGAAGAAAUUCUCUCGCAUCGAUAAUCUGCGGACCCAUACAAGGGUUCAUACUGGAGAGAAGCCCUGGAAAUGCUUGCUUUGCAAUCGUCAGUUCCGAUUGCGAUCUGACUGUACAAAGCACAUCCAAAUUGGCCAUCAAGUUCCACCACAACAAGUAGAAGCCAACAUGCAAACAUUGAUGGACCCUCUGAGUGCAGUGGAGUCUCAAUCGGCCAUAGCCGCCGUCGCUGGGAUUUCGAGAGUCCAAGACAUGGAGCUCCUCAUUGAAGACGUCGACAUCGAUGCUUGUGACGACGAAGAUUCUCUGGAGUGAAGUCAAGUGAAGUGUAGCCGAACCUUUGUGUUCCCUGAUAAUUCAGAUCUUUAAUGUGAUUUUUAAUUUUACUCUUUUAGAAGGGAAAAAGGCCAAAUGAAUUUCAAGUUGAAGUUUGAUUAAAUGUAUGACCCGUUCAUUUUCUUCAGUGAAAA